AUGGGCAAUAAGAAAGCUGAAUUAGAUAUCCAGACGGCAAAUGAGUUAGACGAGAUUCGCCAUAACGCCUAUGAGAAUUCUAAGAUCUAUAAGGAGAAGACGAAGGAGUUUUAUGACAGGAAAAUAGUUCAUAAGACGUUCUCACCUAAUGACCAGGUUCUACUUUAUAACUCACGUCUAAAAUUGUUUCCCGGAAAGCUUAAAUCUCGAUGGUCUGGACCUUUCAAGAUCAAAGAAGUUUUACCCUAUGGUGCUGUGGUUUUAUGGAACCGUCAAGGAGGCGAUUUCACUGUCAAUGGACAACGUCUUAAGCCAUAUCUUGUAGAUAUUCAAGAAGAAAAGGAGGAUCCAAUCUCCUUAGCAGAUGCGCAUAAUGCCUAA